GCGGUGUCGGGCAACGUCGUACGUGCGCAACGUCAACUAUGUCGAACGUUACCGUUGCGUGGAGCGACGAGUACCAGGCAUACUUUCGACAAACGUACAACUACACCACGGAUCGAUGGGAAUUCCUUGACUGGAACGUGCCCGCUACGGACAACCAAGCUACGAACAACUACUCUGCGCAAGCUCAGUCCGGUGCAGAAAGUAGGCUUCCCAGGGGUGAAGGCCCAGCAAUCCAUGGAGACUACAUCCCGGGCGGGCAAAGUCUGCACUACGAGGAAUUGGACUAUUCGUUCCAAGUAAGGUCUUCCAGCUUCUUCUCUGAAGGCAGAGCGUUUGCCGUCAUGUGGAAUGAGACCGCAGGUGCGACCUUGAAGCCAGUCGACUACAACACAUCCAGGUCUCUCAGCGAAGUAAAGCACGCAGGCAAUAUCGUCUACACUAACGUGAGGCGCUUUGUUGUUGUUCGCAGGAAGCGAGAAUUUUGUUUCGCCUGUCCAAUAUUCACAUACUCCCAGCGCGGAACUACGAAGAACGGUGUCCGCGCCAGCGAGCAUGCCAUAGUUCACUCAUGGGGAAAGAGUCCCCAACUCAUUCAAGGAGAAAUUGGGAUCACGAAGCCAUCUAUAGCUAUCGUUAUGGCGGAAGGCGUUCCACCGCUUCACUUUGCGUCUCGUAUCUACUUUGGCAUUCAUCAUCCGAUCCAGUACAAUGUCAAAGUCAAAGACAUCGGCUAUGUGCCUUCUGAUCAGGUACAUACUUUGAUUGGCAACUGGACAGAAGAGAAUGAGGGCACGAACCAAGCGUCUGAUGUUACUGCCAAUGCGGACUGAUCAGAACUUGGAAGUGUACGAGAGCAUCACCCCCAAGAGGAAUGCUGUUUGCUUUGUGCCUCUUUGUACAGCUUCCGUUCGAUUUCACAUACGUUUUGUCUCUCCUUCGUUCUUCCUUACACAAAUUGCAACACACGAUGUUCUCCAGCCUGGCAUGAAGAGGCACUGGAAGUAAUCUUUCGGCAAGAUGGAAUUUCGUAUACAGUACUGUACACAUGGAGUCCAGGCCGGAGUGGAGCCGUUGGAGGAGACCUCUGUAAUUCCUUUUAUACAAUACGUUUCGUGUGGGGUUGUUGUCGAGUACGAUCAACCCAACGAUGUCAGUUUAC